CCUGCGCGCUUCUUCGGCCAAAUCCCGUAAAUCCGCCGAACCAAAGGAUUUCGUUAAUGCGGGAUUUACCACGAAAAGAGGGAAUUUUCCGUCAACCGCGGCUUUGAUUUACCAUGAGAUUUGGUUUUGCAUUUUGGUCGUUCGGCUGGAUUUAGCUCAAAUCCGCUUCAAAUCCAGUCUAAAUCCUGCAUCCAAACAGGCCCUUUAUCUUUCGCUCUCUUUUAUCGGCGAAAUUAUAAAUCCAACAAUUUGUGAUUUGCAUUGUUUUCACGUCCUCCUAGAGCAGAAAACUGUGGAUUGCACAAUCAGCCUAGAGUCCAGAGAUACCUAUAACCUACAAGAGCUAGCUGUACUACGGUUUCUUGUGCGCAGCAGGAAGAGACAUACGAUAAGAAAUCCGGUAAUGCACGCUUCCGUUGACCACCGCUACCUCCGCCAAACCGCCGUUCAGUCACUUGCCUCUUGAGAAACGAUGAUGCUGGUUUCGGCUGGAUUUGUCUUUCCAGUUUCAAAUAGCAAGCUUGCUGCUAAAAGCUGGAACCAUAAACUAUAUGUUAAAGGAUCUCUGAAGCUAGAUCAAACAUAUUUUAAUGAUGCUGGAGAGGCUAAAACUGUGAUACAUCGAGAUGCAAGGAGAUGUGAAUGCUUUGAUCUCUAUAAAGACCUUAUUCCCUACAAAGAAGCCUGGUCUUGGCAAAAGUCAGUAGUUAAAAUGCGACAAAGUUUGGUAGAGAGAGAUGAAGAUCACUCCGAUACUUUGAUCAUUCUUCAACACCAACCUGUUUAUACAUUAGGUACUAGGAGCUUGGAGAAAUUUUUGAAGUUUGAUAUUAAAAAUGCACCCUAUGAUCUUUAUCGGACUGAACGUGGUGGAGAGGCUACGUAUCAUGGACCUGGACAGCUUGUUAUGUAUCCUAUUGUUAAUUUGCGUUGCCACAAAAUGGAUAUACACUGGUACCUCAGGUCACUUGAAGAAGUUGUCAUCCGUGCUCUCUUCACAACUUUUUCAGUGAAGGCUUCAAGGAUUGAGGGUCUCACAGGUGUCUGGGUUGGGAAUAAAAAGCUUGCUGCGGUUGGAAUUCGGGUUUCUCGGUGGAUAACAUAUCAUGGGUUGGCACUUAAUGUGACCACAGACCUGGCUCCCUUUCAACAAAUUGUGCCAUGUGGCAUUCAUGACCGUGAAGUUGGGACUCUUUCUGAGUUUCUGUGGGGGUCAGUGAGAAAAGGAACAGCUGAAAACAAGAGCCUUAUGGAUGUUAUUCAUGACUCCUUGCUCAGAGAGUUCUCUGAAGUUUUCCAGCUCUCUAUUCAGCACAAAAAAAUUGCUGAUUUGGAGCUUAUUGAAUAAAAUUAUGUCAACCACCUUCCCUGGUCCAAUUUAAAUUCUUGGUUUGGCAAGCGAAAAUUCGUUGACAUUGAGAAUAGCUUAUACAAAUAGCUUUGCAAUAUUUAGGAACCAAGUCUAUGUAUCGAAAAUGCCGAUCUCAUAUCAUUAAAAACAGUUCUAAUUUCAUUGUUACUUAGCAGCUUUUGUUCA